UGGGCAAUCAAUCACAGCUUCUGUUUUUAGAAAUGAGGUCUGGCUUGGGAUCUCUUUGUUGUGUUCCCCCACGAGGUGAUCAGUUGAGCUCUAUGUGGUGACAGAACUUGCUUGUAACAGGCUUGCCUUUCACAUUCUCCUCACAGGCUCCCCAGCAGUCUUUUCUGAGCAUCUGAGCUGCGGUUGGAUCCAGGGACUAAGAAAGAAUACAGAGAGAGUGGACUCUUAUUACAUACCCCAGGAUUAAGCAUCAAGCCUGCAGCUCUUCUGCAAUAGGAAUGGGCUGGUUUGAGGAUCCAAGCUGGCACUUGCAUGUUUCCUUGAUAAUGCUCCUGUCCCUGCAUACCAGAGCAAAUCUUCUUGAUAACAUGCUGCUGAGAAGCUCCGGAAAGCUCAAUGUGGACAGCAGGAAGGAGGACACGGAGAGCACAGCCCCUGCCCCUCCACAGAGGUUGUUGUCAUGCUACUGUCAUCACCAUUGCCCAGACGACACAUCCAACAAUACUUGCUGGACAGACGGCUACUGCUUCUCGAUCAUAGAAGAAGAUGAAUCGGGGCUCCCUGUGAUCACCUCUGGCUGCUUAGGAUUAGAGGGCUCUGAUUUUCAAUGCCGAGACACACCUAUCCCACAUCAGAGGAGGUCCAUUGAAUGUUGCACAGAUGAAGACUUUUGUAACAGAGAUCUUCAUCCUACCUUGCCGCCGCUUAAAAACAAAGAUUUUGUUGACGGCAGCAUCCAUUACAUGGCUCUUUUCAUCUCAGUGACUGUGUGCAGCAUCAUUCUGGUUGUGAUCUUAAUAUUCUGCUACUUCAGGUAUAAAAGACAAGAAGCCAGACCCCGUUACAGCAUUGGACUAGAACAGGAUGAAACAUAUAUUCCUUCAGGAGAAUCCCUAAAAGAUCUAAUUGAACAAUCUCAAAGCUCUGGAAGUGGUUCGGGGCUCCCUCUGCUGGUGCAAAGGACCAUAGCAAAACAGAUUCAAAUGGUGAAACAGAUUGGCAAAGGGCGGUACGGGGAAGUAUGGAUGGGCAAGUGGCGAGGAGAGAAGGUCGCAGUCAAAGUUUUCUUUACCACCGAGGAAGCAAGUUGGUUUAGAGAGACAGAAAUUUAUCAAACCGUGCUCAUGAGACAUGAAAACAUUUUAGGGUUCAUUGCUGCUGACAUUAAAGGGACAGGAUCAUGGACUCAACUGUACCUAAUUACAGAUUAUCAUGAAAAUGGCUCCUUAUACGAUUACCUGAAAUCAACCACUCUUGACACCAAGGCAAUGCUGAAGUUGGCGUACUCUGCAGUCAGUGGACUGUGCCACCUGCAUACCGAAAUAUUUGGAACAAAGGGGAAACCAGCCAUAGCCCACAGGGACCUUAAAAGCAAAAACAUAUUGGUGAAGAAAAAUGGAACGUGUUGUAUUGCAGACCUGGGAUUGGCAGUAAAAUUCAUUAGUGAUACAAAUGAAGUAGACAUACCACCAAAUACCAGAGUGGGUACAAAGCGCUAUAUGCCUCCUGAGGUUCUUGAUGAGAGCUUAAACAGGAAUCACUUCCAGUCGUACAUAAUGGCGGACAUGUACAGCUUUGGACUUAUCCUCUGGGAGGUGGCCCGGCGGUGUAUAUCAGGAGGUAUAUUAGAAGAAUACCAGCUGCCCUAUCAUGACGUGGUACCAACCGACCCUUCUUAUGAAGACAUGAGGGAAAUUGUGUGUAUCCGUAGGUUACGACCCUCAUUUCCGAACAGAUGGAGCAGUGAUGAGUGCCUAAGACAGAUGGGAAAGCUGAUGACAGAGUGUUGGGCCCACAACCCCGCCUCACGCCUUACAGCUUUGCGAGUAAAGAAGACACUAGCCAAAAUGUCAGAGUCUCAAGACAUCAAGCUUUGAUUUGACAGAAAUCUGAAGUAGAGAAAGCCCGUGGAAGUGGACUUAUUUUUGUGACUGAAAAUCCUAAAGAGAAAUCAAAUUUCUACACAUUGGACAUCUGUGUUACCAUGAGUACAAGCGUCUAGACUGUUGAAUCACCAGUGACAAUCUGGACAAGAUUCCACAGACUCCAUUACUCAGACUGGUGUACACAGGAAACAAGGCUUCAAUGACUAGAUGAAAAAAUAAGCAUGUUGCUUUCUGUGAAAGCAAAUCAAUUUUUAAUGUUUGAAACUAAAAAAAAAUCUUUAAAAUUCUGGUAAUAAAAAAUAAAAUAAAU